CUCCCCCAAGGUUAGGAGAAGAAAGCCGGAACUGGAGGCUCGGUCGGUGACGCAGACUUCCGGUCUGGUGGCCUUAACGCGCGCGGCUGUCGCGAGGACUCGGGGGUCGCUUGACGCGGUGGCCCGCCUCAGCCCUCCGCAGUGCCAUGAGGUCGGUUAGCUACGUGCAGCGCGUGGCGCUGGACUUCAGCGGGAGCCUCUUCCCGCACGCCAUCUGCCUCGGAGACGUCGACAACGACUCGUUAAAUGAACUGGUAGUGGGAGACACCAGUGGAAAACUGUCCGUGUAUAAGAAUGAUGACAGCCGGCCCUGGCUCACCUGCUCCUGCCAGGGAAUGCUGACUUGCAUUGGGGUUGGAGAUGUGUGUAAUAAAGGAAAGAACCUGGUGGUGGCAGUCAGUGCAGAGGGCUGGCUUCAUUUAUUUGACCUGACAUCCACCAAGGCUCUGGAUGCUUCUGGACACCAUGAAACUCUUGGAGAGGAGCAGCGUCACGUCUUCAAGCAGCACAUCCCAGCCAACACCAAGGUCAUGCUGAUCAGCGACAUCGAUGGAGACGGCUGUUACGAGCUGGUAGUAGGAUAUACAGACCGUGUAGUACGGGCCUUCCGCUGGGAAGAGAUGGCCGAGGCGCCUGAACACCUGACAGGGCAGCUGGUGUCCCUCAAGAAGUGGAUGCUGGAGGGUCAGGUAGACAGUCUCUCUAUGACCCCGGGGCCUCUGGGUGUGCCUGAGCUGAUUGUGUCGCAGCCAGGGUGCGCUUAUGCAGUUCUACUAUGUACCUGGAACAAGGACACUGGCUCCCCUCCUGCGUCUGAGGAGGCCGCAGGAGACAGUAGGGAGACCCCAGCUGCCCGAGACAUAGUGCUGCACCAGACAUCUGGCCGGAUCCACAACAAGAACGUUUCCACUCACCUAAUUGGCAACAUCAAGCAAGGCCUUAACCCUGAAACUGGUAACUCCGGCCUCUUUGCCCUGUGCACCCUAGAUGGGACGCUGAAGCUGAUGCAGGAAGCAGACAAGCUCCUGUGGUCUGUACAGGUGGAUCACCAGCUCUUUGCCCUGGAGAAGCUGGAUGUCACGGGCAAUGGGCUUGAGGAGGUGGUAGCAUGUGCCUGGGAUGGGCAGACAUACAUCAUCGAUCACAACCGCACCGUCGUCCGCUUCCAGGUGGAUGAAAACAUCCGUGCCUUCUGUGCAGGCCAGUACGCCUGCAAAGAGGGCCGCAAUAGCCCCUGCCUGGUGUAUGUCACCUUCAACCAGAAGAUCUAUGUGUACUGGGAUGUGCAGCUGGAGCGGAUGGAGUCCACUAACCUGCUGAAGCUGCUGGAGGCUGAGCCUGAGUACCACCGCCUCCUGCAGGAGCUGCGUGUGGAUCCUGAUGAUCUCCCCGCAGUCCGUGCCCUGCUUCACCAGACGCUCUACCAUCCGGACCAGACUCCACAGUGUACCCCCUCAAGCUCCCAGGACCCCACCUAGCCGGGUUUGGCCACUUAGCUGCUGAAGGAGCCUUCUGAAUAACCCCCAUCCUCCCCCCCAGAGUGAUCCAUGAUCUUGGCAGGAUGGGGGAUGUCUAUUACUGAGGAGCCCCACCUGAUUCUCAGCAUGGAGAGACAAGGCAACCCUGAGAGCCUUUGAUAAUGCCCCGUGGUCGCUGCCUGGAUCCUAGGGUCCCAGGCUUGUCAAUCAUCCAGGUCCCGUGCUUCUUUCCUCUUGUUCCUAUUCUCAUUGCAGAAAACAGAUGUGUUUGUGAGAAAAGGCGGCAAACGCUUUCCAUGGUGCCAGCACCUGAAAGGACAGCAGGCUUCAGGCCUGAGGGCUAAGGGAGCAGCGGAGGUGAGCCCCACGCCACUCCUGCUGAGUGCUGACUUGAGAAGCAGCUCCAGCCAGCUGACACCAGUAAUUACUGCAGGGGUGGCAGAGUACUUGCUUAAGGCCAUCUUUCAGGACAUCUUCUGUCUCAUCUUCCUGUUUUCUUCCAGUUACUGAAGCAGCUAGGUCAGGGCUUUCUCGUUCUGUCAUUCUCUCUCCUCUCUCUCUCUCUCUCUCUCUCUCUGGCUUGGUGGUGGUGGUUGGGGUUGGUUUUUGUUUAUUUGUUGUUUCGUUUGUGCAUGUGUGCUGCACAUGCUAGCCAAGCACUCUGCUAUUCAGCUGCACCUUGGCCCUGUCAUGUUCUAAAAAUUUGUUUGGUUUGGUUUUUUGAGACAGGGUUUCUCUGUGGUUUUGGAGGCUGUCCUGGAACUAGCUCUUGUAGACCAGGCUGGUCUUGAACUCACAGAGAUCUGCCUGCCUCUGCCUCCUGAGCACUGGGAUUAGAGGCGUACGCCACCACUGCCCAGUUGUUUUGUUUGAUUGGUUGCUUGUUUGAGAUAGGGUUUCUCUGUGUAGCCUUAGCUGUCCUAGAACUCUCUCGGUAGACCAGGCUGGCCUCAAACUCACAGAGAUUCACCUGCCUCUGGCUGCCAGGUGCUGGGAUUAAAGGUGUGCGCCACCGCUGUCUGGCUGUUCUAACUAUAGUGCUGCUUUCGAGCUCCCCAAGUGUGUGUGUGUGUGUGUGUGUGUGUGUAUGAAUGACACCUGACACUUGUCUCCCAUGAUGGUGCACCAGUGUAAUACCAGUACAUGGCAGGAAGAUCCUAAACCAAGGCCAGCCAAGUUUCCAUAGCAAGUCUGAGAACAGCAUGGGUCACGUUUGGAGAUCUUACCUUAAAAACUCAAGCAACAUAGGUGAGCAGCCUUUGAUGGAUUGUGGCUGUACAUUUCCCAUGCACACAUGUAUGGAGGCCAAAAGAGGAUAUGCAGCCUCCUGCCUUCUUCCCCUCCACUUUAUUCCCUUGAGACAGGGUCUCUCACUGAGCCCGAGCUUGCUGCUUCGUAUAACCGCUGCUCAGUGAGACCAGUGAUCUGUCUGUGUCUGCACUGCAGAGUGCUGGGGUUACAAGCAUCUGAGCAGCAUUUUUAUAUGUAUAACUAAGUUUAUGUUCAUUGGUGUUUUGCCUGCAUGUAUGUUAGUAUGAGGGUGUCCGAAGCCUUGGAACUGGAGUUACAGACAGGUGUGAGCUGCCAUGUGGUUGCUGGGAAUUGAACCCUCUAACAUGGUGCUAGGGCUUGAAUUCGGGUUCUCAUGCUUGCGUGGCAAGUGAUCUUCCCCACUAAGCCAUCUCCUCAGCCCUCAGGGAAGUAAAAUAAAAUGGAGAUGUCAGAGUCCAUUGCUCACAAUGGAAGUAAAUA